GCGGACCCUAUAUUACCGAACAGCAACUCCCUGAUAAUAGCAUUUACUAUAGUGCUGCACUAUGUGAACACUAUGUCACUGUCUUUCAUUACUACUGCGAUUUCCCAGGAUUUCCACCACGCGGAUUGCGUUGGCUUCAUGCUCUACAUGUCUACAUUCAUCUUGGACUGCUUAUGGUAUUCAUACAAACGGACGUACAAGUUUUUCGCGUAUUUAGCAUGCAUUAUACUACCUCAUGCACCAGUCUAUCUCUUCUGGGAUGAAGUGCUUUAUUUGGAAUCUAUUGGUGUGGGCUCCAGAUUCCGCAAUGUAUACUCCCGUCACUCGGACAACUUGCAGCCAGUGGCGACUGUGUGGGUGUUCUUCUACAUACACCUCGCUUUCAUCACCAGCCUCGCCUGGUAUUUGGAUCUGGUGAGACCAGGCCCUUUUGGAGUCUCUAAGCGCUGGAACUUUUUGUUCAAGAGAUCAUACUGGUUUAGUCAUAAAAUAAAGCGACGAAUAGUAACUCUCCCUGAGACGUAUCUAGCUAAACGGGAUGAGAAAUACUUCGAGAAACUUCCUCAACAUGGUGCAAUUUCUAUUCAGAUAUACAACGUGUCCAAGGUAUUCAAGGGUAAAGGAUCGGAGCUGUCUACUGUCACAGCGGACGUAACGGCUUUAGAUUCCGUCAGUUUUGAUUGCUAUCAAGGCGAGAUCACAUUAGUUUUAGGAGACAAUGGUGCCGGAAAAACCACCCUUAUGCACAUCGUUGCAGGCAUGAUAGGACCGACUUGCGGAGCAGUAUUUGUGAACGGUAUCAAUGUGGCUCACAGAAUAAUGGAACAUCACGAGGACUUAGCACUAUGCAUGCAAGACAACAUCUACUUCAAUUUCCUCACCGUCAGGGAAAAUAUUUCCUUUUACAAAAAGUUACAAAGGAAUAAGCAGGAUGAUGAUUCGGGCUUCACAUUGCACCAAAUCAUGAAGAAGCUGAAGUUGUAUGAUGUAGCCGACAACUAUUGCUCACAACUUAGCUCAGGAACCUUACGAUGUGUGCAGGUGGCGUGUGUGUUGGCUGUAUCCCCUGAUGUCUUAGUAUUGGAUGAACCAACCACUGGAAUGGACAUAGACGUCAAGCAUCGACUCUGGGAUAUGCUUUUUGUACUCCGUUCUAAAAAGACAAUAAUAAUGACGACAUCUUGCUUGGAAGAGGCGUAUGCGUUAGGAGACAGGAUCGUUAUACUACAGAACGGAGCCCUCAAGUGCCACGGGUCUCCUACCUUCCUGAAAGACGCAAUUGGAAUGAGUUUCAGCUUAUCAAUAACGAUAAAAGACGGUACUCAAAUGAUGAAACUCAAGGAAACAGUGGAAGGUAUCAUACCGAACCUGAGGUGCAGGAUCGAGGAUAUGAGAAAUGUCGUAUUCUCACUGCCCACCAAGGAAACCCAGAACUUUCCAAAAGUGUUCAGAACUUUAGAGGAAAAGAAAGAAGACUUGGGAAUACAGCUUGUAGAUGUGGGAAUGUUCAUGGAGGAGGUGUUUAUGGAGUUUAUUGAAAAACCGGAUGUAAGAUAUUCAGGAGUAGCCGAUAAAUCUUAUAUGAUCUUUAGAGCCGCUAAACUGGAAGGCAUACAUCUGCUCUGGUCACGUAUCAAGUUGUUACACCAACGUACAUAUGAUUAUUUGGUGAUGAAGAAAAUACAGUUCCUGUCAAUUCGUGUAUUGGUCCCAACUCUAUGUCUAAUAAUAAUGACGGUGACAUCCAACUAUUCCCUGAGGUCUACUAAAUUGUUCACACACCAUGUCUCAGGGGAGGACGAAAAAUUAGGCCUCAAUAAAUUGGUAUAUAACGUUGGACCUUUCAGAAGACAGGGUCUGUAUAAUGGAGCUGAGAAAUACCCAGGAUUAAAACUUGUGUACGCACUGGAUAUUGAUCAAGAAUUCCAAAACCCGAAAUCAGGGUUUUCUGCUAAAGACGUAGCUGGCUUUAAAGUAACCGACAGGUUCAGUAAAAUUUUUCAUCCAAGGGAUUUGAAAUCAACCUCAAAAUCGGUGAACAUGUUCAGUAAUAUCUACAUGUCUAUGUUUUUACCGAACAUGACCCAUGGUAUACGUACAUCGUACAAACCAAUUUUGAGAAAUAAUACAAAGAAACCGAAAAUAAAUGUGCCAAAAAGCAUCUUUUUGUGCAUGAAGUGGAGUGUAUGGGUGUCUAUAUUGUCCAUUCUCCCGCUUACACCAAUUAUAAUUCUGUGUAUAGUGGAACUGAAUCGUGGCAUUAGGGACAACCAUAUGAUGGCGGGUUGCAACCCCACAUUGCAUUGGGCGUGCAAGCUAUCGGCGCAUAUGGGCAUAUACUCAGUUACUAUUCUUCUACCAGUCAUUGUUAUAGGAGUCAUGCUUGAUUUUGAUAAGACUUUCUAUCAAUUCAAGUUUUUAGGAUCAAUUUUGCUACUAAUAAUAGCAUUUGGACUGGCAUUCCUGAGUCAACUGUAUUUGUUAAGCUUUUUCCUAAAUGAAAAUCUUGCUAUCAGUCAAAUAUAUGUGCUAUCUUUAUUUUUCGGUCUCAUCCUACCAAUAGUAUCCGCAGUAUUAGAAUCCGAAUGGCGUACGUCCGUCUUCGUUACCAUACCGUUUUUCAUCAUAAUGCUCGUUGGUCGGCUCUGUCCAAUAUUCCCGUUUACUGUGGGCCUGUGUCGCCUAACAUUACAAGCCAGGCUCAAUGCCUACUGUAACCUGAAUAAACGAAAAUGUCCCAACCUAAUUGUAUUCGAUGAGCCGGCUUUUGACGUUGAUUUUUGCUGUGAGUCCGAAUCUAUGGAGCCGUAUCCAUAUUUAUCGACAUACGGAUCUGGUUUCUAUGACUUGUGGAAUCUUAUCGUACAUUUCCUAAUUUUCUUCGCGUUGGUAAUACUGCUAGAGAUGAGAAUACCACAGUACUGGUAUGAACAGUUUACCCUCUCACACUUCAGAGGCUCUCAGAGCUUCUUCCAUGAUCCAAGCAUCAAAAAAGAGAAGAUCCACGUUCGCACAGCUAUUCGUAAUCGUAAAUUCGAAGAUGAUUUGUUGCUAGUUAACAAUGUGCACAAGGAAUACUUUCGUCAUGUGCACAGGUGGGCCCCCCGGAAUGGCGUCAAAGGCGUUACUUUUGGCGUCAAACAAGAGCAAUGUUUAGCCAUACUAGGUUAUCAGGCUACCGGCAAGAGUUCGCUACUGAAUAUGUUGGCUGGGAACCUCGUUAUGUCUAAAGGCAGCGCCUACGUUGCCGGCUACCAUAUCAGGAAAAAUCGUAUAAAGUACUUGCACAAUAUAAGUUUGUCAUCAGCGUCAGGAGGAAUGGAUGGCUUUAUGACCGGAGCACAGAAUCUGAUUUUCAUAGCACAAAUGCGAGGGUUCGAGAGCAGGAUAGCUUAUAAAAUAGCAUACGUGACUCUUCGAUAUCUUGGUAUACAUGGUCUCCAAGGUCUAGUGGAGCACUAUAGCGCUGGUUGCUUGCGUCGCCUGUCGCUAUGUGGCUCGUUGGUUAAAGGCCCCGCUGUAGUAUUUGUAGACGAGCCGAUGCGAGGCAUCGAUCCUACCUCAAAAGUGCUUGUAGCUAAAGCGCUGCGGCGGCUCGUUUUGCAGCCAGCCGCUGUAAUUGUUGCUGAAACUAGUGUUGCAUGGCGUAUCCUCCAACCAGUAAUUACCCGGAUAGCAAUAAUGUCUAAAGGGCAAUUAGCUCUCAUAGGGCCGGCGCAAGAAGUACUAGAGUCCAUAGCAACCGGGUACACUGUGCGGAUCAAACUGAAGACUAUGACUGCGUACAGGAGUGAUAGGUACCGGGCCUUGCCUAGUGAUGAUGAAAUGUCUGCUACCUCUACAUCAAGCAAUGAUGAGCCAGCUAUACACACUGACAAGAGUGUUAUGAUCGCGUCCAACAUCAGCGACUUCAAGAAAGAUUUCCUUAAAGAAUUCCCCACCAGCCAGCAAACCGGGGAACAUUUGUCAAUGCUAUAUUUCGCCAUCCAUGAUGAGUCAGAACAGAAGAAACAACUGUACAGCGACAUGUUUGCAAAGCUGCAGGAGUUACAAGAGAAAUAUGAUGACGUGGUAGAAGAUUGUUACUUAAAUGCCACCACCAUUGAAGAUGUAUUCUUAAGACUACAGACUCAGAAAGCCCCUCAAACUGAUCGUCAUCGCUCCAGCUCUAUCGUAAUUGACUGAACUAUGAAUGAAGAUAAUUUUACUGUUGAUUUUUUAACGAUAGAAAUACAUUUUUUGUUAUUGUUAAUGGCGCUAGUGUAGCUUAAGGGGACAGUCGUCGCGGAAGACACUACGGGCGUUGGGGAUCAAAAUUUAAAAUCACGUUUUUGGUGAAAAAAAACCAAAUUAAUUCUUAAAUACAGUUUGGUUUGAUGGACAAAUAUUUAUGAUAAUUAAUCUUAUAAGCUGUACAGAUUUCGCAUUUUUUGUAUUUGCUACUGUUGAGAAAAGGUUUUAUAAAGAAAAAAACUAACAAAUCAAGUGCAUAGACUUAGAUGGGGCCCAGUACAGCUCAUACCCGCGCGCCGCGUACACCUUAACGCAUUGCCAGAGCCUCGGCUCGAAGCAGUAGUAGGAACGGGGUGAUUUUGAAUAAAGAAAAAUCUGACACGCCCUUUCGUCUCACCCAAGGUGGGAGAAGUCAUUGAAUGUAUGUCCUCCUCAAAAAAAUUGAAGCUUAAGAUGGGAGUCAGGUAGGGCAAUAACAGCCCAUGUGAUGAGACUCCACCGCUGAAUAUGGGCCUUCAUGGCAGAAGUACUGGUCUCUUUUUUAGAAUAGGGUAGAUGACUAAGUUUUAUUUUAAUGUCCGUCUGGUAGAUUAUUUUAAAACAUUAGACACGUAUUUUUUAUUUUCUUACGGAAACGAAUAGUUUCGAAAAUAUAUUGAUUUCAAAUAUCGCACGACGUCACUUUCGAGUAGGUACGAUUUAUACUCGAAAAUGACGUAGCUACUUCCCACUCCUAAACUUUGAUUCGUUUUAUCUAAGUAUUGUUUUUUUAUACGA